CGGUCGGGCCGCACAACGUGUCCCAUUGAUUUGCCAUGUUGGCCGCUUACAGGUUCCUGGCCUCUCAUUGGCUCCGUGCGUUUUCUGCCUCGUGGCCCUUGCCUGAGUUUUAAAAGUAGAUUUCAAAUUCGUUCUUUCUCAACAAGUCCCCCGAACUGCAAGCAUCUAGGACCAAAGUAAGUGAGACGCGGCUCCAACACUUUCAUAGGACAAUUCAAUUUGAGACACUUCUCUAAUAUUUAGCGAGUCGACUUAAUUCAUUGAAACCACGAACUUUAUUUUUUUUUAAACUUUAUAACUUGAUUUAUAAAUUUAUUGUUCAAGUGUGCAGGCAAAAGUAAACAUCCAAGAUUGAAGUUCUAACUUGUGAACGCAAAUCUAAGAAAACCUUAAAGAAAUGUAUCAAUUUAUUUAUUUAUUUAUUCAUUAAUUUGUUCAUUUAUAUAUUAAUUUGUUCAUUUAUAUAUUUAUUGACAGAUCAAAUCAUGAAAUACGCGUGUGUGCUAUCGGCUGUCUGUGCCGCCAUCCUGUUGUCUGUCAUCGAGGCUUCAGAUAAAAAAGACGCUGUCCAAUGGCAGUCGGUCAAAAUUAAUGAAACUGUCACAGCAGGUAUGUACAUCAAUGAACCUGUCACAUUAGAUAUGCACACCUUUAUAGCUCUAUUAUAAAACGAUACUUAUUGGAAUCAGUAAGGUUGUCAUAGGGUAAGAGUUUUAUUGGAAUUGGUCCCUAGGGCCGUCACAGGGUUGGUGUUUUAUUGGAAUCGGUCCCUAGGGCUGUCACAGGGUUGGUGUUUGGCCAGUUUUUGACAACCCUAUCAGCUCACUUUGUUUCUCUGGGGGAAAAAAACCUGACAUGACAGUUUGCAUAUGUCCUUGACAUUAACAUUGUUUUAACAUGGCGCGUUGCUGAUAAUUUGAUUGGAUGAUGCAUUAACGUUUAAGUGUAAACUUCGAAACCAGCUGUGAUUUGUGGUCUUUCAAUCCUUCAAUCAACCAUUCUAUCAAUCAAUCAUUCAAUUAAUCAAAUAUUGUGGGAUGAAUCAGAUAUCAUCGAGCAGACGUUAGUGGCAUUUUCAAUAUGAAUUCAAUGAUGACAAAAGGUAACAGAACAUUUGCAUACAAUGAUGACAAAAGGUAACAGAACAUUUGCAUUCAAUGAUGACAAAAGGUAACAGAACAUUUGCAUUCAAUGAUGACAAAAGGUAACAGAACAUUUGCAUUCAAUGAUGACAAAAGGUAACAGAACAUUUGCAUACAAUGAUGAAAAAAGGUAACAGAACAUUUGCAUACAAUGAUGACAAAAGGUAACAGAACAUUUGCAUACAAUGAUGACAAAAGGUAACAGAACAUUUGCAUACAAGGAUGACAAAAGGUAACAGAACAUUUGCAUACAAUGAUGACAAAAGGUAACAGAACAUUUGCAUUCAUUGAUGACAAAAGGUAACAGAACAUUUGCAUGCAAUGAUGACAAAAGGUAACAGAACAUUUGCAUUCAAUGAUGACAAAAGGUAACAGAACAUUUGCAUACAAUGAUGACAAAAGGUAACAGAACAUUUGCAUACAAUGAUGACAAAAGGUAACAGAACAUUUGCAUUCAAUGAUGACAAAAGGUAACAGAACAUUUGCAUUCAAUGAUGACAAAAGGUAACAGAACAUUUGCAUUCAAUGAUGACAAAAGGUAACAGAACAUUUGCAUACAAUGACGACAAAAGGUAACAGAACAUUUGCAUACAAUGAAGACAAAAGGUAACAGAACAUUUGCAUACAAUGACGACAAAAGGUAACGGGACAUUUGCAUACAAUGACGACAAAAGGUAACAGAACAUUUGCAUACUUGUUCAUUUCAUUUUAUUCUUUGAAUUAACUGGGGCAUUAUCUAGACAUAUCUGAUCACUAAUCCUAUAAUAGUCUGCUUCUCCUACAUAUCUGAUCACUAAUCCCAUGAUAAUCUGCUUCCCCUCACAGAGGUUUCGCUGGACAUUCUGGUCAAGAACUACGAUGCCUCCGGUGACCUUCACGGCACACUCCGCAUUGCCCUCUUCGGCGAGACCGUGCCAAUGACGGUUCUCAACUUCUUCAGCAUCUGCAAUGGUGUCAAGCGUCCAUCUGUGAGUUUGAGCUAUUAUUAUAGAGAUGGUAGCUAGCUCAUAUAGAGCUGGUGGCUAGAUGAUAUACAGCUGGUACCUAGAUGAUAUUAUAGAGAUGUUAGCUGAAUGAUAUUAUAGAGAUGGUAGCUAGCUGAUAUUAUAGAGAUGGUAGCUGGCUGAUAUUAUAGAGCUGGUAGCUAGGUAGAAUUAUAUAAAAGGUAGCCAUAUGAUAUUACAGAGAAGGUGUCUAUAUGAUAUUAUAGAGCUGCUAGCUAGCUUAUAUUAUAGAGAUUGUAGCUAGCUAGCUGAUAUUAUAAGAUGGUAUCUAGAUGAUAUGAUAGAGCUGGUUGCUAGCUGAUAUAGAGCUGGUAGCCUGAUUAUAUCAUAGAAAUUGUAGCUAGGUGAUAUUUUAGAGAUAAUAGCUAGCUGAUAUAGAGCUGAUAGCUAGAUUUAGAGCUGGUAGCUAGAUGAUAUAGAGCUGGUAGCUAGAUGAUAUAGAUCUGGUAGCUAGAUGAUAUUAUACAGAUGGUAGCUAUUUGACAUAAAGCUGGUAGCUUGAUGAUGUUAUAAAGCUGGUAGCUAGGGGAUAUUUUAGAGAUAACAGCUGGCUGAUAUAGAGCUGAUAGCUAGCUGAUAUACAGCUAGUAGCUGAUUUCCAUUUAUUUGGAUCAAUAAAAGAAUAUUAUCUUGUCUUAUCUUAUAUUAUAGAGAUGGUAGCUAGCUCAAACAAUCAACUGGUAGUUUGGUAUUAUAAAGCUGACAUUUAUCUGAUAUAUAGCUUGUAUCAUAUAAAUCUAACUAAUUAAUCUUACAAACAUAAAUCUUCAUAAUUCAUCUAACAAUUUGAUAUCAUUGGACACUGACCGAUCCUCCGGGUAAAUGAUGACGUCAUAUACGUGGUCAUUAUUUCAUAUUGCCAUUCAAUCCUAACUUUAACCUCUAAACAAAAACAUCAGGACGCUGAAAAGUAUGUUGUCUGGUGAAAUCAAAAUCUUCAGUCUAAUGAGCAACCACACGCACACUAACAGACCUACUGAGACCCACACACUAAGACCCACACACCAAGACCCACACACAAACAAACCUACACAUACACACACCUGAACAGAUUGAGUGCGUGUGUUUCAGGGUGAGCUCAAAUACGCCAACACUUACUGUCACAGACUGAUCAAAGAUUUGAACUUCCAGUGCGGUGACACAACCACCGGGGAUGGUUCAGGAGGUAAGCAGAUCAACCAGAUCAUUGGUGAUACCUUGAGAUUAACCAGACGUAUAGUGGUAGGCUGAGCCUAACCAGACAAUUGGUGAUAUACUUUGAGAUUAACCAGACAAUUGGUGAUAUACUUUGAGAUUAACAAGACAAUUGGUGAUUUACUUUGAGAUUAACAAGACAAUUGGUGAUUUACUUUGAGAUUAACAAGGCGAUUGGUGAUAUACUUUGAGAUUAGCCAGACAAUUUGUGAUACAUUUUGAGAUCGGCCAGACAAUAGGUAAUAUACUUUUAGAUUAGCCAUAAAAUUGGUGAUAUACUUUGAGAUUAAGAAAUUCUUAACUUCCUUUUCUUUUCGUAUGGUCUAUAAGUUUAACUUAAAUUGGGUCAAUUUUGAGUACGUCAUAAUGGCUGGUUGCCAUGACCAGGCCAACAAUCUCCUAAAACUAUGAGCCUAGAUGACGUCGCAUUUCUUACAGGUAUCAGCAUGUACGGUGACACCUUCAAUGACGAGAACUUCCAGAUCGGCAUCAGUGAGAAAGGAACGGUCGCCAUGGCCAACAGGGGACCCAACACCAACGGUUCUCAAUUCUUUGUGACCUUCAGGAGCUGGCAGUUCCUUGACAACUUACACGUCGCCUUCGGUCAAGUUGUGGGCAAAGAUUCAUUGGUGAGUAUCUAUCAGGGGGUGUCAAAGCCACAGGAGGGUUGGGGGGGGGGUGGGGGGGUAGACGUCAAUGCUUGUUCCUGGUUAGAUUAGCCAGCAAUGAAUAUUUCUGAUUUUUUUUAUAUCCUAUAUGGAGGGGCUACAUAUUUUAUCCUAUAUGGAGGGGCUACAUAUUUUAUCCUAUAUGGAGGGGCUACAUAUUUUAUCCUAUAUGAAGGGGCUACAUAUUUUAUCCUAUAUGGAGGGGCUACAUAUUUUAUCCUAUAUGGAGGGGCUACAUAUUUUAUCCUAUACGGAGGGGCUACAUAUUUUAUCUUAUAUGGAGGGACUACAUAUUGUAUCCUGUAUGAAGGGGCUACAUAUUGUAUCCUAUAUGGAGGGCUACAUAUUUUAUCCUAUAUGGAGGGGCUACAUAUUUUAUCCUAUAUGAAGGGGCUACAUAUUUUAUCCUAUAUGGAGGGGCUACAUAUUUUAUCCUAUACGGAGGGGCUACAUAUUUUAUCUUAUAUGGAGGGGCUACAUAUUUUAUCCUAUAUGGAGGGGCUACAUAUUUUAUCCUAUAUGGAGGGGCUACAUAUUUUAUCCUAUAUUGAGGGGCUGCAUAUUUUAUCCUAUAUGGAGGGGCUACAUAUUUUAUCCUAUAUGGAGGGGCUACAUAUUUUAUCCUAUAUGGAGGGGCUACAUAUUUUAUCCUAUAUGGAGGGUGGCAUUUUCAGCCAAAUGCAGAGCUUUUUCGUCUAAGGGGGGAGAGCAAAUUAAUGACCAGCUGGUCAUUAUAUUUAUACCCUGAUAAGAUCUUCGGGGGGGGGUGCAUCUUCUGUCCAUCCUAAAACUACACCAGGCAAAUGAAGUCAGUAGAUGAACUCGGGGGGGGGGGGCAGAAAUUUGGUCGCACCCGCAGUAGCGUAGCUAGGUUUGGUGUCACCCGGUGAGGUCGGUCCGCAACCCACGCACCCCCCCCCCUAGCUACGCCCCUGCUCACCCGCAUCACUUUUGGUUUAUUUUAGAAAAAAAAACGUUUCACUUACCAUGUUCUAUGUGAUACAACUCAUGAUAUGUGAUAUGUCGAAUCUAAUGCUAUAUUUAUGUCAAUACCAAUCCCCUUUUUGUAUGUUGUGUAUCUGUAGGAGUUCCUCGACAAACUGGCUGAGAUUGACGUUGAGGACAAUGGUAUCACCCCCAAGAAGAAGAUUAAGAUUGUCGACUGCGAGGCUAAAGACGUCAAAAAAUACAAGAUUCAAAGGCGUGUGUCCGUCAAUGACGACAAAUUUUAGACGUUUUAUCAAUUGCUCUAUCAUAACUAGACUGUAAAACCAAUUUUACUAUUGUCUGAUAACAUUUUUUAACUAAAAGUCAACUUACAUGUAUUGUCAUCUCUAUGAGUUAUUUUGUGUCUGCGCGCGUCUGUAGUGUUUCUGUUCACGGGGGUCAGCAUGAGAUACGUGGGGGCGCUGCUCGCUCAAUGAAACCACGCCCCUACAGCCCUGUGAUUGGAUGGUAAUUAAUUGUACGAAUGGGAGAGUUGUGCCGUCAUGACAAUGUCCACCAAACGAUGUCAGAGCUUUCAAGGGCUCGUGUUUAUAAUCGUGAUCACCAAUAAAGAUUCACUCUCUUUUA